AUGCUCUCUCAGCUCCGUCAUCCCUAUCUGGUUUCAUUGAUUGGAUACUGUGAUGAAAAUAAUGAGUUGAUUCUAAUUUAUGAGUACAUGGAGAAUGGGAAUCUCAGUAGCCAUUUGUAUGGCUCAGAUCUACCCAGUAUGAGCUGGGAGCAGAGGCUGGAGAUAUGCAUUGGGGUAGCCAGAGGUCUGCACUACCUUCAUACUAGCCGAUUUAUACGUUGUGAUGUCACGUCUGCAAACAUAUUGCUUGAUGAGAAUUUUGUGGCGAAAGUUGCUGAUUUUGGAAUAUCCAAGACAAGCACUGAAUUUGAUGAAACCCAUCGUAGCACAGUCGUGAAAGGAUCUUUUUGGCUACCUUGA